AUGGAUUGUGGUAAAAGAGACGAAACAUGUUCUGGUAUCCCGGCAAAGGGACGGCUAAAAUUCAGACCCACCAGCUCAGCAGACUGGAUAACACUAAACAUCGGUGGCCAGUGCUUUACCACAACGAGAAGCACGUUAACAAGGAGCGAUCCAAGCUCCAUGCUCGCUCGCAUGUUCGCAACCAAUCAGAGUGCCACCACAUGGGGAAACAGCGUCGACCCUUCUGGCGCUUACCUGAUUGACCGCAGCCCCAGGCACUUUGAGCCGAUCCUUAAUUAUUUGCGACACGGGCAGAUUGUAUUGGAUGCAGGCGUGAAUCCUGUAGGUGUUCUGGAAGAAGCCAGAUUCUUUGGCUUACAAUCCUUAGCUGAGCAGCUGGAAUCGUUGGUGGAGGAGAGUCGCAGGGACCGGGACCAGGCUCCACUGAGCCGGCGCGAUGUCAUAGAGGCUCUCAUCACAACGACCGCCCACACCGAGCUCAGGUUUCAGGGCAUCAAUUUAUCAGGGGUCGAUUUAUCAAAGCUUGAUCUACGAUUUAUCAACUUCAAAUACUCAGUGCUGCAGGGAGCCAACCUGGCUCAGGCAAACCUCUCGUGCUGCCUUCUGGAACGUGCCGAUCUCAAGGCUGCGAAACUUGACGGUGCAAAUCUUCUUGGCGUAAAGAUGCUCUGUGCAAAUCUAGAGGGAGCAUCACUGAAAGGCUGUAACUUUGAAGAUCCUGCGGGAAGUCGAGCCAACAUGGAAGGUGCAAACAUGAAAGGAGUGCAGAUGGAUGGAAGUCAGAUGGUAGGAGUGAACCUACGAGUAGCCAACCUACGCAAUGCCAACCUGCAGAACUGUGACCUGCGGGGAGCUGUGCUUGCGGGAGCUGACCUAGAGAACUGUGAUCUAUCUGGCUGUGACCUACAAGAAGCAAAUCUGCGAGGAGCCAAUCUGAAGGGUGUGACCUUUGACCUCAUGGUGACACCUUUGCACAUGUCACAGACAAUGUCGUCGGCGCAGUGA